AUGACACCGACUGACUUGACAUUUAUGUCAACAAAUUUUAUUGUGAAAAUGGCGACUACUGGAGUAGGAUUUCGGUGGUUAGAUUUAUUGGAAAAGGAGUUUGAUAAAGCAUGUGUCGAGUUAGACACAUCUCUCACGGAGCUGGAAACAGAAGAACCAGAAGUAGUAUUCUCAUCUCGACAAAAAAUAGCCACAUUAAGUUCGUGCUUUGCACAACUUACACAUAAGGCUCUCACUAUAUUUCAAAAUGGUGCUAAAUUGGAGGUAUGUUAUGUCUAUUAUGAAUUAGCUAAACAUUUCAGAAGCACAACAUUUUAUUGAUAUGUAGUUUUAGCUAGGUGUAUGAAUAUGGUUGUCAGAUAAGAUUUAACUGUCUAGGGAAAAUUUUAAAAGCAAUGGUUAAAUUGAUUAUCAAAAACAUUUUUUAAAAACAGAAAUAUUCAAUAUGAUAUAUAUAAAAUGAUAGAUUGGAUACCGAGCACUAUUGAAGUUAUUCACAAAAAUCACAACAGAACUAAAUUAAUUUGAAAAAGUAGUAAGAGUGUUUUAAAUUUUUGUUUCUUUGGUAUGUUUUGAUUUAUUAUUUGUGACUGGACUGAUAAUAUAUAUCCCUUAAAAUAUCACAAUAUCUGUCAUGAUUUAUAAUAUGUUUGAUGUACUAUAUCCAAAUAUUUAAUAUAUUUAACUAAGUUCUUUAAAAUUAAAUACUUACUGUAGCUGUCACUAUAAUGUAUUAAUAUGCAUUAAACCAGGGCACUCCAACCAACCUGUCCUGAGGACUGGAGAGGAGUGGUUGGCUUACCUUUUAAAACUCACUGCGGUCACCCUUGGUGGGGGGAACGAUGCAAGAUCCAGCUUGAUCCACAUGAUAGCUAUUAGCAGAGACUGAUAACACCCACAGACGAACAGUAUUUUGUUAGUUGAUACUCUUUGUCUGUUGUGGGUACUCUUAGUAUUUUACUAACAAACAUGGGAUGAAUAAUAAUUGAACUAUCAAUUUCUCUCAAUGGGAUAGGUUUGUAAUGAAAUUAUGUUAUGAUAAAGUAUUAAUUUUAUUUUAUAAACACGCAUAAUACAAAAUUGAAAACCAUGAUCUGGAAUAAACUAGUUUUGCCAACUAGGACCUCUAUCAUAGGGGUGUUUGUGAAGAUGUCUUCGGUGUAGUGGCCUUUCAGUGACUUCUUUCUUGAGUUGAUUGCUUUUGUUAAUACCAUUGAGUAUAUCUUUGUCUUCAUCCAUUAUAUCGCCACCACCACCGUCGUCGUAGAAAUUUUUCUCUUCUGGGUUGUCCUCUUCAUAAUCAAUCUCUUCAUCAGAUUCGUCUUCCCCUCUGUCAAAAAAAUACUUUAUAAAAUUUUUAUCAGCAACCUUAAUAUACUUAUGUAGUUAACAAUAUUGUUUUUUUAUUGGCUACCAACAUGUGAUAGCUGAGUGGCUUCGUUAUAAUUAAGCAACCUUCACAACUCGUAUAUAAGGGUAAAUAUAAUCCCAGUGGAACUGUACUUGGAAAAGCAUUGUAAGCCCUCCGUUGCAUUGGACAAAUUAAUUCUAUUGAGAUAAAAAGAGUGACAUAUAUGCCAAGUUACGGUUUGUUAUCCUAUCCUAUUCGAUAGGGAAAGCGCAGUCCCUACCGUCACAUGUCAUAAUCAACACUAUCAGUCUGAUAAUGAAGGCAUAAUAGGAUAAAAUAUCAGCUGUUUCUUAGGGUGAUGUUCUUAUUGUAUCCACUUAUUGAAUAAUAGUUGUUACUGUUACAUAUCGUUUUGUGAACGUGGCGGUACAUACAUUCCAUUAAGUUUUUGUAGGAGUUGGUCAGCAUCUGUAAUGUUAGAUGAUGGUUCCUCGUCUUUGAGUUUCGUCUCGAGCCGUUGUAGGGCGGCGUCCGCGCGGUUGGUCAGGUCCACUAAUUUCUCCGUCAACUGUUGCAAUUCAUUCUCCUUGAACGUUACAUGUGUCGUGUUUCGAAUUACGCUCUCGAGGCGCCGGCAUGUUGAGUCGCUCUAUAAUAAUUAACAAUAUUAUAAUGCCAUAUGCAAUACAUUUUUUUUACAUGAAAUAGCCUUUAUGUCAUAAAGGUAACUGGAAAGUUUAUGUAUCGGGUUUAUUUAUUUAUUUGCUUACCUGAACAUUUCGAUUAGAGCUGAUCAAUUUUUGUACCUUCGUGUCGUGAUUUCGUAUAGUAAUUUGAAUGUUUUGAAGUUCGUGGAAUGUUGACGCAGUCCUAUAAUAAAAAGGCAAACAAGGUGAUAAUAUUUUCAUUGACACCUGUAGUAAAUCAUUGGCUCAGUGGCGUAACUAUACCGUUUGAGGCCCGUGGCAAAUUCAUCAGAUAUUCAACUUUUUUUACUAAUUGCGUAAUAAUAAAUGUCAGGAGUAAAGUCUCCUCUGACCGGGGGCCCCUUCCAGCUGAGGCCCGUGGCAUUUUGCCUACUUGCCACCCUGUAGUUACGCCACUGGGCUCAAGCUUAAAAGAUGGUGAUGAAAUUAAAUUAAUAAUAAUUCAUACUUAUUGAUAAGUGUGUCGAUAAGUUUGCCCAGGACGUCGGCUACUUGAUUGGGGUCGUCUAGCUGUUCUCGUUGACAUGAAUCUACGAAACGCUUUUGCACAUCCAGCAAUUCUUUCAUCUGAAACAAAAUGAAAUUAUCAAGUCAAAUAAUAAAUACUAUUAAUUAUAAGUGAAACCUUAUUUACAUGAUAUUUGAUAUAGUCGUUGGACUUUCAGUACAGUUCUGUCACAUUAAUUUUUUUCUACUAGCUUCAACGAAAAUAAACCUUUAUUACCUUGUAAAUUCGGUUUUAUCUGAUUAAACCUCUAUGCUGUAACAGCGCUGCGCUCAACGUUGAGCUCGACGUUGAUUUUUUUACUGUAAUAAACUGCUGGUUCUCUGCAGUCAAGGUUUUUGUUGUUUUCUAGAAAUAUUUUUUUUAAGAUACUUUCUCGUUAUGUAACUAAAUGAUUUCACCAAAAAGAGGUAAUCCGGCUCAAUUCUUUUACAUAUAAUACAUGAACGUUAGCUGUUUAAGGCACCUUCAGAUCGAUCUUAUAAGUGUUGUCUUUGAGACGUUUCGUGAAGGCGGCCUCGAGGUCGGCGGAGGUGAACCUUGCGUCGCGUUGUCGUCGCGCUAACGCUCGUAGCCCGUCGGCUAGCUCACGUCGCGUCACGUUCACCAAUGACAGACCGUCGCGCAUUAGGGCUUCUAACACCAGACCUCGGUGCCACGUGUCUGCGUACGCCCCAUUUACCUAAAACAAACGAUUAAUUUUUUUUUCCAUUGAUAUCAUUCAUUCAGGUGAAAUUUUAUAG